AUGGUUAAAUCUAAUGGUGUUCAUCCUGACACCUAUAGAUUGUUAUUGUUUCAAUUUUCCUUGAGGGACAAGGCAUCAAAAUGGUUGGAGUCAUUCCCGAAGGAAAGCUUGACAACCUGGGAAGAUGUAAUGAGCAGAUUCUUGACGAGGUUCUACCCGCCACAAAGAGUGAACAGGCUGAGAAUUAAGGUGCAAACAUUCAGACAGCAGGAUGGUAAAACUCUUUAUGAAGCCUGGGAGAGAUUCAAGGAUUUGACAAAGAAAUGCCCCCUUGACAUGUUUAAUGAGUGGGUGCAAAUUCACACUUUUUAUGAAGGGCUGAAUUAUGAAUCAAGGAAAGCUGUAGAUCACUCAUCUAGAGGUUCCCUAAACAAGAAGAAGAACAUUGACGAGGCCAUUGGUGUUAUAGAGACAGUGGCUGACAAUGAGUAUUUUUAUGCCUCUGAUAGAAGCAACAAUAGGGGAGUCUUGGAAUUGAAUCAAAUGGAUACAAUCCUGGCUCAGAACAAGAUGAUCACCAAGAAAUUUGCCGAAUUGACCAAGCAAAUGGAGAAGAACCAGGCUGCAGCUAUCCAUACUCAAUCAUUACCUCAAGAAGAAUUAGAGACAGAAGAAAGACCUAACUGGGAGGAAGCUAAGUACCUUGGAAACUCAUCUAGCCAUAAAAACCACUCUCAACACCCCAAUUUCAACCAACCACCACCACAUGAUGAUGAUAGAAUGACCAGGAUGGGAGCUAUGCUUGCAAACCUUUACAAAGAGUGUGAGGACAUCAAGAAAUUCCAAGAAGAAGAGAGAGGUAAUAUGAAAAGCCGAGGGGAGGUUCUUAAGAAUCUUGAAGCUCAAGUAGGACAUCUUUCACAGUGGAUUCCGAAGCUCACUGAUAGUUUCCCUAGUGACACUGAGAAGAAUCUAAGAGAGGAAAUGAAGAAGGUGAGAUGGGAAGAGUGUAAGGCAGUGACUCUUGCAAAUGAAGAAAUACUGGAAGAAGACACCAGCGAACCAACAGAGCACAACCAAGGAAGCCCCCGGAGCAAUAUGGAGAAAAAAGAACAAGGAACUGGAUCUGUACAGGGAAAAGACUCAACAAGGAAGGAAACUUUGAAGCCUUAUGUGCCAAAGGCACCGUUUCCCCAGAGACUCAAGGGAGGGGAGAAAGAAAAGUCAUAUUCAAGAUUCCUAGACAUGUUUGCAUCUCUCAGUGUCAACAUUCCCUACCUCAAAAUCCUUAAACAGAUGCCUACUUGUAUCAACUGGAUGAAGGAGCUACUAGCCAGGAAGAGCAACCUGAAAGGUGGCCAAAUAGUGGUGAUGAACAAGGAAUGCAGUGCUCUCAUUCAGAAGGACGUACACCUGAAAAGAAAAGAUCCAAGGAGCUUUCUUGUUGGUGGUGGUAUACGGAAACUUGGUGGAGGAGUUGUAUUAAAACUUGGUGGAAUGAGUGUUCGGGGAAAAGUGGUUGGUGGAGGUACACUGGGAUUGGGUAUAGGUGGUAUGGUUGGUGGAACACUUGGUAUACUUGGUAUACUUCUUGGUGGGGUUAAGGUGGUGGUUAUGGGAGUUCUUGGUGGUGGAGUGAUGGGAAUGGUUCUACUUAGUGGAGGGUACAUACUAUUGAAAGUUGGUGUAUUAUUUAAAGGGAAAGGUGGUGUUGGGAGGUUCCUUCUUGUGGGUGUAGGCAGUUUUCCUCGUUCUCCUUCGGGUUUCCUCCUUAAUACUUCGAUAACUCCGAUUGGAACGGUUUUAAUUUCGGUUGAACCUGAGUACCCUGAGUACGGUGUUCGUUCCGUAGAGGUGCCUACUCACACUCUUUAG